GUCAAAAUUGCAGGUAGAAUAUGUGCAGCUAAGACUUUGGAGCCAGAAUAUAUACAGUAGAUAUAGCCUAUUGGACAGUGGCUCCAACACUUGCCCACACAUAUUGGUUAUGGACACACCCCUGCUUUAAACUGCUAGUGCGCAGGCUGAGAGAAGUGCAACUUAAGAUGGUGCAACGAAAAACAGUGCCUUAGGACUGCAAGAGCUAUAAAGUGGACAUGAAUGCAGCACUAAUCCAUGACAAAUUAUUUAUCAAAGGAUUCUGGGAGAAAAGAAUUACAAAUCACUCCCAGAUCAAAGAGAAUGAGGAAUUAAGACUGAAGAACAGUGCUAUGUCAAAGCUCCGUGCUGAAUGGCUAAUAAGACUCGAGAGUCGAACAAAACAUAUCAAGAACUUCAACGACAUGUGUGCCGUUAUGUCAGCAGAGGUCAACCACGCUGAUCCGGAAUAAUUUAAGACAUGCUUCCCAAUACAUAAAAUUUGGGAUGUUUUGCUGCAGAGAAGAUAAAAUACAAAAUAAAAAGAAAUAUAUGAAUAC